AUGAGCGGAGGAGCGACAGAAGGUCCUGGAGGUUGUGGAGCAGGCCAGCCCACCAGCUUGCCACUGCUCUGCGCGCCGCCCCCGCCCCCGCCCCCGCCCCCGUCCAGCCUCAGCUUUGCCGAUGCCCAGGCGAGGCUGCCACCCAGGGUGCCCCUGGAGAGAGGGGGCUCGGGACCUCCAGGGUUGGCCUGUCUCUGGUUUGGGUCCCGCCGCGGGGGCGCCCAUUCCGCAGCACAAACACAAACAAGUUCCACAGGUUCAGCCACCCGACUCCGCAGGGGCGCACGCUCCCACCCAGGGACACACACACACUUUCCCGAAUACGCGCACUCACCCGGGGUAUCAGUCCACAUUCCCCUCGAUCGAACUCCGGUGGAGCCCGAGCUCGACCGCGGACCCGCCGGAGCUCUCACAGGGGUUUGGAACCGUGCCUCCUCGGUCAGCCGCUCGCGCGCCGGUCUGCCUGCCCGGCGCCGGCCGAGUCACCACCCCGCGCGCACCCGGGCCAGCCCGCCCGCCGCCCUCUCUCCGCCUGCGGGUCCUGCCGGCGGCCCGCCCUCACCUCGCAGGGCUCUGGUCCUCACGCUGUGCCCCGACCUGGCUCCCAAGUGCUCGCGCCACCGCGGGGACACACGUGCCCGAGAGCCUCGCCCGCCCCGCCCAGCUCCCCACCCCUCCGGGUCAGGCCGGGGGCGGGCCGGACUCCGGACAGACCCAGGCACUGCCGCCGCCACCUCCUGCCGGGGACAGACACUCUGCUACCCGCUAGGGAACACUGCAGGGCCAUAG